CACUCGGGCAAAAGCAGGCGGGGCGAGCUGUCAGUCUCUUCGCCUGGGCUGUCAGGAGCCGAGCCUUGCGCCAGUCGCUGACCCUCCGCCAUUCGCCCUCUUCCUCCCGGCCAUGUAUCUCUGCAGGGUGGCCUGGCAGAGCCUCGCCUCUCGCCUCACGCGAGCCGCUCCUCUCCUCCGUGGGCACGCACCCUUCCGCCAGAUGUCUGGAAGUGUUCCUGGUUCUUCUGGAGAGAACAUCAUCUACUAUCUGCUGGUUAUUGGUGCUGCUGGUGCAGGUGGUUUUUACGCCUAUAGAACCAUUUCUUCUGACAAAGCCAGAUACAACGAGCGGAUUGAAGAUAUUCAACAACGAACUACAGCAGAAUGGAAACCAAAACCCUGGCCUCCUCAAUCCUUAGAAAAUGAGGAAACAGAUGCAAAUGAAGAAGUUGCUGAAGCAAGUGAAGAGGCAAAGGAUGGUGCAGAAGAAGCUGAAACCAAAGAAGAGGCCGAAGCAAUAACUACAGAUGAAGCUCAGGUACAGAAUUCAACAACUACGGAAUCUACCGAAGUGGAAAAAGAAGAAAAUUUACCCACUGAAGAGGCUUCCCCUGAUGUACAAGAAACAGCUGCUUCUGGUUCGGGCACAGAUGAAACUCAAGGUUAAUGCUGCAAAUGGAAUUUAAUUAUAUAUUUUUUUGCCUUCUACCACAGGAAAGCACUAUUGUGUUCUUAAUAACAAAGGAAGUAUUCCAAACUGAAUGCAUUUAAAAUGUCAGGGUUCAGUAUUAGAUUCAAGAUUCUUCAUUGCAUCUAGUACAAGAAAUCUUUCAUUGUUGCAUCUGGUGGUGGGCUCCUAAUUUUCUUCCAGAAGGAAUAGGUGAUCAUGGCUAGCCAAUAUGUCUUAAAUAGAAUGCAUGGUUCUGUUUCCCCUCCUAAAUUCACAGCCUGUAAGAUACUAUCUAGAUAGGUCUCUAGCUCAUUCCAUAUAUAUAAAAAGUAAAGGUUUCUCCUUGACAUUAAGUCUAGUCGAGUCCGACUCUGGGGGGUAGUGCCCAUCUCCAUUUCUAAGCCGAAGAGUUGGCAUUGUCCAUAGACACCUACAAGGUCAUGUGGCCAGCAUGAUUGCAUGAAGCGCUGUUACCUUCCUGCUGAAGCAGUACCUAUUGAUCUACUCACAUUAGCAUGUUUUUGAACUGCUAGGUUGGCAGAAGCUGGGGCUAACAACGGGAGUUCACCCCGUCCACUGAUUCAAACCACUGACCUUCCAGUCAGCAAGCUCUACAGCUUAGCGGUUUAACCUUCUGCACCACCACAGCCCCAAUUCCAUGUAUACUCAGAAACCUUGGUAGCUACUAUCUCCCAAAAAUCAUUCCAUGUUUGAGGAAUUAAAAUGAAUAAAUAAGGGAUUUAUUUUGAUUGUAGGCAAAUAUUGUAUUUCUGAAAAAAGAUAUUUUUUACAAAUAUGUGUUUUAAAAUAUAUCAGAUAACAUUUUUAUGUUCUUCCCUGACUUUUGGUGCAGAGAAAUGCAUAAUUCAUUAUGAGCUCUAAAAGCUAUGAUCGAAUCAGACCCUUUUGAAAUAAUCUUGUUGGCUGUGAUCUAGCAACCAAGGCUUUGGAAUGGUAUUUCCCAAAGCUGUGGUUGCAAUCUGACAAUAGGAAAUAUUUCCUUUAGAAUGUCUUCAGGAUUAAGAACUAGAUGAGUAAAAUGUAGGGAAGAAGUGCAAAUCAAGCAGCUCUCAGAUAUGUUGAACUGCAAUAAGAAUAUCAAUCUUUUCACAAGCAAGAACAGAUAAUUUCCCCACUUUUCUCCCUAUUGUAAGUAGUGGACAACUUUACCGAUUUUAAAAUACAAUUUGCAGUUUGUGACUUAAUCUGAGUGAAACAAUUAUACACUUUUGCACAGACAAUCCUGUUUCCUAUGCAAUAAACUCACAUGCACUUUUCCGCACAGAAUAAGUCUCAAACUGUGAAGAUUCUCAAUCAUUUCUCAUCAGGAUGUCCCAACACUUGGAAAAUCCAGAUUUUUUUUUACCACUUUCCUAAUAUUUUCCGAUACAUUUUCUGUCCCUAGGUUGCAAUGCUCAGCAUUCUUCACAUGUGGUUAUGCUGGCUAGGGCUUCUGAUCAUUGCAGUCCAACAACAUCUGGAAGGUCCCAUCUUUCAUCUAGGGGUCAAAUGCAAUUGUUAGUCUUAACUACAUUAGACUACUUGAAUGAAAGGGACUUGUGUAUUUGUUAAGAAGUCUUUUCAAUUUAAGUGUACUAACAAUAGGAUGUUAAAAGUAAAGGUUUCCCCUUGACAUUAAGUCUAGUUGAUUCUGACUCUGGAGGGUGGUGCUCAUCUCCAUUUCUAACCAAAGAACCAGCAUUGUCCGUAGACACCUCCUAGGUUAUGUGGUCAGCAUGACUGCAUGGAGUGCCAUUGCCUUCCUGCCUGAGCGGUUCCUAUUGAUUUACUCACAUUAGCAUAUUUUUUAACUGCUAGGUUGGCAGAAGCUGGGCCUAAUAGCAGGAGCUCACCCCACUCCCUGGAUUCAAACCGCUGACCUUUUGGUCAGCAAGUUCAGCACUCAGCCGUUUAACUCGCUGUGCCACUGGGGGCUCCCAAAAAUAGGAUGUUGGACCCAUCUAAGACUAUAGUACUCCUUCGUAUAUGCAUACCAUUCUUCAAAUAUAUUCUUUCCCUACUGGUAUCCUUGAUUUCACCUACUUGUGUAAAAAAAAAUGUUUUCUAUAGGCAUUUCUGAAUCCUCUAGCAUAAUUGGAAGAUAUGCUAGAAGCAGCCAGGCUUUGAAGCUGCAAGGUCAUUCAGUUCUGAUCAAGGUGGCUAGUUGCAACAUUCACACUUGCCUCAAACAGACAAGCGUUCUUUCUCCCACCUUAGACAUUCCACAGUUAUAUAAACCUCACUUGCCUAGUUUCCAACAUUCCUCACAACCUCUGAGGAUGCCUGCCCUAGAUGUGGGUGAAACGUCAGGAGAGAAUGCUUCUGGAACAUGGCCAGGCAGCCUGGAAAACUCACAGCAACACUCUGUAAUUGUUGAUUGUAUUAGCCAGGAAUUCAUUUAUCUUAUAUUUCUCCAGUUUUCUAUUCAGAAGCUUCUCUCUUCAAUAAAUACAAAAAUUGUUGCUCACAAUAUAAUCAGUCCAUUUAUUUAAGAAAUAGCUAUCUUACAUUGAAUGAGAAAGUUGGUACGUCUAGCUUAAUUCUGCUAUUGUUUCGGGAGUCAGGAUGUGGAGAACCUGGAAAUGGGAUGUGAAAUGAUGAAACAUACCAAAGGUGUUGAGCAUUUGAAUUAUAUACAAAAAUCAUGAUUCCCCACUUUACUGCUAGUGGCCACUUCCCCUCUUUCAUAACAGUCCCAAAGUUAGAGGGGUCUCCCUAUCACCUCUUUUGGGGUUUAGCAAAGAUUUCAGGUGUUGUAAAUUGUUAAGUGAAUGAAACGCUCGACAGCAUAAGUAUGUGAAUGUGAAGUGCUUCCAUAUAUCCAGGAAGAUGGAAUGUUGUUUUAGGCCUUCAUCAUAAAACAGUAAAAAGAAUAUACUACUGUAGGUGGGAUGAUUACAAAUCUCAGCUACGUUAGAUCCACUUUUCAUUUUGUCAGGAGCAACUUAAGCUGGAGCAAGUCGCUUCUAGUAUGGGAGAAUUGGCCGUCUGCAAGGAUGUUGCCCAGGGAAUGCCCAUAUGUUUUACCAUCCUGUGAGAGACUUAUCUCAUGUCCCCGCAUGGGAAGCUGCAGCUGACAGAUGGUAGCUCAGCCUACUCCUCGGAUUUGGUCAGCAGUCUUGCCUGCACAAGGAUUUAAUUUGUUGCGCCACCGGGGACUUCUAUUAAAUCCACUGAAUUAGUGGGAUUUAUAAAAAUGUUGAAUUGCUCUUCAGCAGUUUGGUUCAGUAAGUCUGUUAUAGUUAAGGCUAACAAGUAGAUUUUUGACUGAACAUCUAAAAUGAUUCAGCUGGCACAAAUAAGGUACAUCAAUUGUGAGUUUUAUAACAUUUUUGAAUUAACUUAAUAGGCUAUGACUACUAAAAUAUAUUUUUUUCCCUUUUCGAACAGAGUUUUAAAAUGAUUUCAGGAAUGCAAAAUAUGUAUAAAAAUAUGUGGAAUAUAUAUAAAAUCUAUAGAAUAUAUUAAAGAAGUACUCAAUGAGAAAAAAUACCUCUGUUUAAAAGUAGCAUUUUCCUACUUUUGAAAUGGAAAACAUUUUUUAAUGUGGAUACAGCUGGCACGCUAACACAGUAAUAUUCUACUACUGCACUGUAAUGUUUUUGUAUAAAUAAAGACUUGCUUCCCUGUUAAUCUUUUCCAUGUUGAGUAAUUGAGUAUGAACAGAAUAAAACAGAAUUCUGGGUUGAUGUUUUGCCCACUGCUUCCUCAAUAAAGGCUCUUGUGUUUCAAA